CCGUCGCCUACCAUCCCAUAGCUUCCCCUUGUGUCCCCUACCCACCCCUUCCCCCUUGCCAUUACCGAACCGGCGCCACUCCGCCGCGAGGAGUGUGGGUGAGGGCAGGAGUGGGGGCCGGCGUAAUAGAGGCGCAGGUUUGGAGUCGUGGCUCCCUGCACGAGGUGGGGUGGGACAGCCCAGAGCUCCCCUUCCAUUCGCACGCAGCGUACAGCAAGGCAGAGGAGAAAUUCCAAUGUGCAUCGCCAUCACUCACCUCCCCAUCCCUCACCUCCCCAUCCCUCACCUCCCCAUCCCUCACCUCCCCAUCCCUCACCUCCCCAUCCCUCACCUCCCCAUCCCUCACCUCCCCAUCCCUCCCCUCCCCAACACCGCAGAAGAGUGUUGGCGUGCGACCCGCAACACCGCUGUCACGGGCUUAUCUUCAAGCUGAGUCGGGGGCGCAGCGACAUCUUGAGAGCCACCAACUCCGCCUCACCCCAUACCGCCUCAUCCCCUUCCGCCUCAUCCCCUUCCGCCUCAUCCCCUUCCGCCUCAUCCCAUUCCGCCUCAUCCCAUACCGCCUCACCCCAUACCGCCUCACCCCAUACCGCCUCACCCCAUUCUACCUCACCCCAUCCCCGCCUCCCCAUCCCUUCCCUCCCCAUCCCUCAACUCCCCAUCCCCGCCUCCCCAUCUCUUCCCACCCAUCCCUCUCCUCCCCAUCCCGCACCUCCCCAUCCUUCAUCUCCCCAUUCCGCCUCACCCCAUCCCAACCUCCCCAUCCCGCAUCUCCCCAUCCCUCACCUCCCCAUCCCGCAUCUCCCCAUCCCUCACCUCCCAGUCUCUCAUCUUACCGUCCCUCUUCUCCCCAUCCCUCACCUCCUCAUCCCUCACAUCCCCAUCCCUCCUCUCCCCAUCCCUUGCCUCCCCAUCCCUUACCUCCCCAUCCCCUCCCUCUCCAUCCCUCAUCUCCCCAUCCCUCUCCUCCCAGUCUCUCAUAUUACCAUCACUCUUCUCCCCAUCCCUCAUCCCCCCAUCCCUCACCUCCCCAUCCCUCACCUCCCCAUCCCUCCUCUCCCCGUCCCUCCACACCCCAUCUCUUCCACACCCCAUCUCCUCCUCACCCCAUCUCCUCCACACCCCAUCUCCUCCUCACCCCAUCUCCUCCUCACACCAUCUCCUCCUCACCCCAUUCCGCCCCACCCCAUUCCGCCCCACCCCAUUCUGCCCCACCCCAUUCUGCCUCACCUCAUUCCGCCCCACCCCAUCCCACAACCUCCCCGUCACCUCCACCCCGUCCUCUCUCCUCUCUGCUUCUUCUCCUCCUUUUCACAUCCUCUUCAUUCCUCUUCCCCCGUCACCGCGUCCCCUCCUCUCCCCAUCCCCUCCUCUCGCCGUCCCAUCUUCUCCCCACCACCUCCCGUCCUCUCCCCAUCCCCUCCUCUUCCAAACCCAUCCCUCCUCACCACAUCCCUCCUCUUUCCAUCCAUCCUCUCCCCAUCUCUCCUCUCCCCAUCCGUCCUUUCCCCGUCCGCUCCUCUCCAACGCCUCUCCAGGUGUCUCCCACACCACUCUCGGCCCUGUGGAAGGGCAUGGUGUAA